AUGGACAGUAUAGCUGAUAGCAUCUACACGGACCUUCCUGCGCCUGAAGAACUAAAUGACAAUCCUUCGCUUCUAACACUUAUAUUCGAGCUUACGCCCAGAUCCUGGUAUGCUCUUCGCAACCAAGUCACCAUCCAAGAAACAGUCAAGACUCUAUUGGUUUUCUUGAACGCCCAUCUUUCACUCAACAACAGUAACCAAGUCUGUUUCAUUUUGUCACUGCCGUUUGGGUCAGAGAUUUUGCAUCCUAAUGUUGAAAGUCUGUCAGAGGAACAGGAUGUAGAUGGCACUGGAGACAAGCCAACAUUGGUCAACAAAGGCAUGUACAGAAACUUUCGACUUGUUGAUGAAAUGGUGAUGAGAAAGCUAAACGAAUCUUUGGAGAGAAUGUCAAAAGAGCUUGGAGAGAAGGAGAAGAAUACGUCCACAGUUGCGGGUGCCUUACUGCGAGCUUUGACAUAUACCAACCGUCUAUUGCAUGUGGAUCAGUCGAUUUCCACCACAACUGCAUCAGCCAUUAAUUCUACGGCAUCUACAAUGAAUUCCCUGGGCGGCUCAGGAAACUCAGGCAAUGCCCUGACGACUUCGAUGCAUGCUAGGGUCCUCAUUGUCACGCCCAACGACACUUACGAGUCAAAUUACAUUGCUAUCAUGAACUCCAUUUUUGCAGCACAAAAGAUGAAGGUUCCCUUGGAUGUGGCCAAGCUAGGAGGACACCAGGCUCCAUAUCUUCAACAGGCGGCUGAUGCAACCAAUGGUGUGUACUUGCAUAUCAAGGAGCCCCAAGGCUUAAUGCAAGUGCUUUCAACUGCAUACUUCUUGGAGCCCUCUCUCCGUUCGAUCGUUAUUCUUCCAACGAAUUCGAACGUUAACUACAAGGCAAGCUGCUUCAUCACAGGAAAGCCCGUCGAUAUCGGCUUCGUUUGUUCCGUGUGCCUUUGUAUCAUGAGCAAGGUCCCCGAACUGGGCCUGUGUCCUACCUGUAGGUCGAAGUUUGACGAAAAGUUCUUGAAAAAGCUUCUUACAGGACCCACCAUAGCACGUAAAAAGAGGAAAGUUGAAAAUGGCGCUGCAGUUACAAACGGUGAAUCUACAGCGACUUCAGAGGCCAAAAGCACUACAGAGAGCUAG